AUGAACCACCUAGACCUUCCUCCUUUAUCUACUCAAGAUCCUCACCGCGUAAUCUCCUUCCCGGCCUCGCAGUCCCUGCACGCGUCCACCGCGUUCCCGGAUGCUGCCUCAGGCAGAAAGGCCAUCCCGACUGGGCUGGUCGCGUUGGAUGAGGCGAUCUCUGCCCCGGUGAUAUCGACGACAACAAAUGAGCGAAUACGUGAGUUUACUGAGGGAAAAGGAGAACAGCUCAAGGGGUUGCCGGUUGGUCAUGUUACGGAGGUGUUUGGGCCGCCGGGGGCGGGGAAGACGAUGUUGGGCUUAAAUGCUACUGCUGGUGCGCUGGGGAGGGGGGAAGGGGUUGUUUGGAUAGAUACGGCAUCGCCGCUUCCUAGGCCUCGACUGCGCAAACUGCUGGAGUCGCAGUCUCCCACGUCGCCGUCAUCUCCCCGGUCCUUGACGGAGAAUCUAACGUAUAUUCGUGCCCCCACGCUUCCUCAUCUCCUCUCUCUCUUCCAUCAUCCACCUGCCUCUUUUCCACCCCCAAACACAACUCUCCUUGUUAUAGACUCUGUCUCUGCCCCUUUCACUCCUUAUUUCCCUAACCCUAGUGAUAUCAACCAACCCCAGCAAGCGCAGAGGGAUGUCCAGAAAUGGCUCACAACGCGAAAGUGGAACGUGAUCAGCGAUCUUGCUGCUCAGUUGGUGAAGUUCGCAAGCAGGGCAAACCUGGCUAUCCUGGUUAAUAACCAAACGCAUACCCGAAUUCGGGGACAGGUGAGGGCAACGCUGUCUCCCAUAUUGAGUGGAAGAGGGUGGGAAUCGUGCGUUCGCGCUCGGAUCGGGGUUUAUGGUGAUUUUGGGGAUGGUGGGGAUGGCGGAUGGGUGAGGGUUGCGGAGGUUAUGAAGAGGGAUGGGAGGCUUGUCACUGUUAGGGACAAAACAACCGUAGUGCCUUUUCGGGUCGCGAAUGAUGGAUUGUAUGCUGUUGCAAUGGGGCUCGAAGGUAAUGAAGAGGAUGGCGUCGCCGCACAAGUCAGGGAGAAGCAAGCACAGGAUGAAGAUGCGCUUGAACCGGAAGAACCAAUGGAAGAGGAACCCGUGGAGGAGGAAGAGCCAGAGCUUGAAGAUUACCAAGCACAGGACGAUUCCGCACAAGAGGAGGUUGCACCCGAAGACCCUGCACCAGAAGAGCCCGCAUCAGAAGAGUCUGCACAAGAGGAGUCUGCGCCAAAUCAACCUGCACCAGAAGAGCCCGUAAUUGAAGCAUUGGCGCAUGAAGAGCCUGUGCACGAAGGGCACACACAAGAGCACAUACAGAAGAUACAGACCCAGGAGAUUCAAGCACAGAAAGAGCAGGCACAAGAUGUCCACUCCGACUCAGCUCCCGAUACUGCAAGCCAGCGGAAGCGAAAGGCAGAGGAGAUUGCGGACAGCCAGGAUGAGGAAGAUUCGGAAGGGGUAUUUGAGUAG